UUGAACCUGAACAGGAGGAGCCUGUGGGAAAAGGGGCGGAACUUUGUGGGGGACCGAUAUCUUUGCAAAUUAGCUGGAGGUGUGGGGUUGGGGUGUCGAAGAGGCGAUCAACUUGGAAAGUGGGCCAAUCCGUGACGCAAAUCUUUCAGUCCCACCCUCAACCCCGCCUCCCACUGCUCCGCUCCUCCGCUCCUAAUUGGUUCUAGUUUCUCCGCCCGCCAGACUUCUUCUCCAUUCAGCAGAAGUUUUACAAAGGCGUCUGUAAGGAACAGGAGCUAAAAUGAAAAUAGCUCUGAUUGGGCACCUUUGGACCUUAUUUGCAUGGGCAAUUGGGAUUGGUUGGCUUCUUGGGUGGCCAGGGCGGUGUUGGUUCCGCGCGUGACCACCCACAGCUAUGGCCGGGGUAGGCGCUGCUUUCCGCCGCCUAGGUGCCUUGUCCGGAGCUGGGGCCUUGAGUUUGGCCACCUACGGGGCACACGGCGCACAGUUUCCGGAUGCCUACGGGAAGGAGCUCUUUGACAAGGCCAACAAACACCACUUUUUGCACAGCCUGGCCCUGUUAGGGGUACCCUAUUGCAGAAAACCUGUCUGGGCAGGGUUGCUGCUAGCUUCUGGAACUACCUUAUUCUGCACCAGCUUUUACUACCAGGCUCUGAGUGGAGACACUAGCAUCCAGACUCUCGGGCCUGUUGGAGGGAGCCUGCUGAUCUUGGGCUGGCUUGCCUUGGCUUUUUAAGGUCUCUUGUUUAAGUGCCCAGUCCUGGCUUUUCUGGGUAAUUGGGUGCAGAGGGAAAGGGGAAUGUUGAAGCAGAAAAGAAAUUAAAAGAAAAAGGCUUACAUAAAAAA